AUGGGCCAUUUACCCAGUGAACCAGGCUAUGAUACUUUUGCGCUGGAUUUUCUGGAGACAUCAGCAUCCGGUACUAAUGAUUACUUAUCAUCUCCGAUGAGUGUGUUUCUACUACUCACCACCCUUCUUGGUUCAGGAGGAACCAAGGGUAAUACAAAGUUGCAAAUAGCUAAUGCUGUUGGAGUUUACGAAGAAAAAGGAAAACAAAAAGCCGCGUCAAAGAUUUUCAAUUCAAUAUACAAGAAUUUGACAGAAGAAAAAGCUAGUGGAGAAAAUAUCAUCACUAUAGGAAACGGAAUGUUUGUAAAAGAAGGAGCUAAAGUGAAAGAAAAGUUUGUAACGACAAUGAAAAGAAAUUUCGACAGUGAAGUUGCUAAUGUGGAUUUCACUGCUCAAGAAAGUACUAGGAAAACUAUCAAUGCAUGGGUUAGCAAUAAAACAAAUAAACUGAUCCCUGAACUUUUCACAAAACCAUUAUCGACAGCCACUAUUCUCGCUCUAAUCAACACAUUGUAUUUCAAAGGAAAGUGGAAAAAACCUUUUUCUAAUCGUAGUACUGCUGUAAAGACUUUCAAACCAUCCAAUCAACCUAUUAUUAAAAUAUCAAUGAUGCAUAUCUCUGAGACGAUUGAGUAUGGAAAAUUUGAACAUUUUAAUAUUCAUAUGAUCAGUAAACCGUUCACUAAUGCACGAUUCACGUUUGUUGUAAUUUUACCAACUGAACCAGGAAGACUUGAAUAUCCUGAUAAAGUACUGCGAGGAGAAAUCGAACUGCCAGAAUUAAUGAAACAACUUCAACAAACUCAAGUAACCUUAGGAUUACCACGGUUUAAGCUGGAUACAUCACUUGAUUUAGUUGGAACAAUAAAAUCAAUGGGAGUGACUGAUCUUUUUGAUCCAAAACGAGCAGAUUUAAGUGGAAUAACAAAGGCUAAGAUUUCCGCAGAUGUUCUUAAACAAAGUGCAUCUAUUAAAGUUAAUGAAGAGGGUGUAGAAGCUGCAGCUGCAACCGUGUUAAGCAUUUCAUUGACAAGUGUAAGAAAUCAAAAGCCUAUUCCAUUCAAUGUCAAUGAAUCAUUCGUUUGCUUUAUUUACGAUAAAGUAUUAAACACACCAUUAUUUGCUGGUCGUGUGAUUACACCAGUAGCAUUGAAGGAUUGAGAAAUGAAAACAAAAAAAUUCCUAUCCAGUUCAAAAAAGCUGUCAGCAUACUUCAGUGUAAUUCUCUAUGUAACUCUAGAAAUAUUACAUGGUUAAAGUUGAAAAAUAUAUCAAAACUCAAAGAAUGGUUUGCACAACUCUGUUCAUAUUUUAGGACUGCCAUGGCAUAUCUCAUUCAUUUUUUGUUGAUAAAAAUACAGUUGGUUACCCCCCCCCCACAUUCAUG